AAGUGAGCGCUGAGAGAGAGAGAGAGAGAGAGCGAGACACAGAGCUUAGGUGUCUCGUGCGGGAUUUCAUUGACCCAAGGCGCGCGGAGGACUUUGCAAUUAAACCGUGUGUAUUUUGUACACGUAUUGUUAGAUUUAGAGAGAAAAAAGAAGAAAAAAAAAAGAAAAGAAGAAGUGCCUGGAGGGAGACGGAGAGAGGGAGAGAGGGAGAGAGAGACAGAGAGGAGGGGGGAGGAAAACCAAAACGCAACACGUAUCCGGUGGGAUCCCACUCCUGAGAGAGAGAAGCGGCAGGAGUUGGAGCGAAGGGUGCAAGAAACGCGAGAGGGAGAAAGAAGAAGAAGAAGAAGAAGAAGAAGCAGCAGCGGAAGGGGACAGAUUUGAUAUUACGCCCGUAACAACACCUUUUUAAUUAAUAAAGAGGAAUAAUGAGGAACGUUUGGAUAAUUCUGACCCUCGGGCUGACCGCCUUCCUCUCCGGGGAAACGAUAGCAGAAGCAGCCAAGACUUCCUCUCAAGCUGACGACUUGUACCUCGAUGACCCAGGCUCAGGAGGUUACUACCCUGAAGAUGAUGAUGACUUUAACUCAGGGUCUGGCUCAGGUGGAGGUGAAGACACAAUGGAGGAAACGGUGACUGUCAGUAUGGUUUAUAUCAAGCCCAAUGCAGCAGAACCCACCCAGGACUCCACCAAAGAUUUCACCCCCAGAGUGGAAACAGCCACGAUCAGAGAAAGGGCCCGGGACAGCACACCCAGGAAACCACUCAGAACAGAGGCACCAGUGCCAGUUACAGAGGACCUGCAGAGGAACCAGAUGACUAGUACGACUAGUGCUCCCGGCUCACCCCAGGAGGCCGUUGAGGUCCGCACUGAAAACCUCUUCCAGAGGACAGAGGUGUUGGCAGCUGUUAUCGCAGGUGGCGUGAUUGGCUUCCUGUUCGCCAUCUUCCUCAUUCUCCUCCUGGUCUACCGCAUGAGGAAGAAGGAUGAGGGUAGCUAUGACCUGGGAGAGAGGAAACCCUCAGGGGCGGCCUAUCAGAAAGCCCCAACCAAGGAGUUUUAUGCAUAAACGUCGGCCCUGCCGCCAUCAGAACGACAAAUCUCGAGAGACUGUUGAAAACGCAGUCCAUUAAACAGCAAACCUGUUCAAACACCACACAAAACAAGUCGAUUAAGGAAAAAUAGCAUAAAGGAAAGCUUUUGCAUAGAGUAUUGUAAUUAAGACCUUUUCUUUCUUCUUUUUUUUUAAUGAAAAGCAUUUCUCAUCUUACGGCAAAUCUCAGUGUAUUUAAACAUUUUGUGUAUUAUUUGAAAAGGCUGAAAAAAUAAAAACAGGAUCUGUAAAGGCGAGGAAACUAAUCGCAUCUGUCUUCGGUUCAAAGGAGCUGUUUUUAGUCGCUGACUACUUUUAACUGUAGCAGUAUGUUAUUUGUAAAGAAAAAAAAUUUAAAAGUGGAAAUAAUUGAAUAUAAUUAUUCUGUAUCAAUCCUAUUUUCAUUUUUUCUUUUUAUUUUGUCCUAGCAUGUCUGAUGUUGAUCUCUAAAGGUGUAUUACAUUAAUUUAUCUUUUCUCUGAUGUUAAAAAAAAUGCCUUUGUAGUUUUGAUGAAGCUCUUUGGUCUUCAUAUUAACGCUGUUAACGGUCAAUGUAAAUGUUCUCCCUUCAGGUUACAAUGUUUAUUAUUUGCUCUCACAUCAUUUUUUUUUUUUUGUUUGUUUCUUUUUUUUGGUCAAACGUGAGCGUUUCAGUAUGUCUUGUUUAUUUGUUUGUUCUCUUCUUGGUGUAGCCUUUUAUUUUUAUUUUUCGACAGCGAUUUAUUUUCAUACCAGGUCUUUAAAAGAUAAAGAUAAGUGUGUCAGGGCUCGAGAAAAGUCACAAAUCUCGCUUCUGUUUUAUGUCUCGCAGAACUUUUUCUUUUCUAUUUAAAUGCAUUCUUGUUCACAUUGCACAAUCACCGCUUUUGCUUCCCCACUGCUGUUGUGCAGCUUUGCGUGUAUGUAGAGUGUUUUGGGGUGAUGUUUCUCCUCCGUGGCUUGCGGUGUUAUUGGCCCAUAGCCGCCUAUCUCCCUGAUGCGUCCCUUGAGUUUACUGACAGCACCCAAACUCUGCAAGCACCCUUUCACCCUUUAAUCUCCUCCCCCCUUCUCUUCCCUCUGUUUAGUGUAACCUCCCUCACUCCCACCUUCUUUUUAAUCAGAUUGGAGCACGGCCAGUCGAGUUGUCAACCCCCAAACAGCGCCCCGCUCACUUUAUUUUUCAGCUGUAUGGAACUUCCCGGCUAGCCUGGUGUUAUUGUGUUCCUGUGUUGGUGCUUUAGGCCCCAAAUCCUGCUCGCUGAAGACCUGCUAGUGCUUGGACACAAAUACAUCAGGCAAGGUCCGAGUCCCCUCAUGCAGAGCACAUACCUCUGCAGCAAACGCCACCAGAGCCCCCCUCUGUAGAAACCCAGUUCCUCUCAGAGGGACUGAUAUAUGUAAGGCUGCAAGGAUAUGUCUGAAUCGUCUUGGCGAGACAGUUGCAUUGAGGGCUAUUUAUGUUUUUUUUAUUGGUCGGAGCAGGCAUUUCAGGAGAGAUUCUGUUGAAAGAUGAGGUUGUGUACUAGGUUUAAAACCUACAAAAAGGUGUUUGUUUUGGUGCCGUUUUGCAUCCCCCUAAACAAGUUUAACUGAAGAAAGGGCCACAAAAUGGCUGUUGCAAAAUAGCCAUGUAGCUAUAUAAAAUGAUAACAUAGGUUACGGUCACGUGACAACAACGAUAGUUACUGUACAGAGUCACCCAAAAUAAUGUAUACACACAUCAGGAAAAGACGAAACACAUGCAUAAAUAUUUAAUUUGUAUAAGUACUUCUAUACAUACAGACACCUCUUUCGAAGUUUGAUCAAAUUACGAUAACACUGUGUACUGUUGUACGAUGUUUUCCCAACAGAUGGCAUUACCCUUUUUUCCUGAUGCGUGUAUACAUUAUUUUGACUUCCUUUUCUUCAACAUUACAUUGACUUGCUCUGAAGAGACGCACACAUUUUGUCUGGCGAGUUUGUGAAGUUGCCUUUUUCAGAUGUACAGUAAGGUGAAGUAGAUACAGUAGACGCUGUCACAUCGUCUAACCUCCCAACACCACCGACAUGAAGAUGUUCAUCCCUCGUGUUCCUCCCACUCAUUCUCUUUACCCCAUCUCUGGUGUCUGUUCUCGUCAUUAGACUUAAGGUACUGAACUACACUUAAAAACCCAAAGACUCACAGUAUUUCUACUCCAAACUUCCUCUCAUACCCACCCCCUCCACCAUGGCCACAUCAUGUUGUUUCCUCUCUAUUUUGUUCACUCUUUUAGUUUUUUUUUUUUUUUUUUUCUCUAUUAGAGACCUGACCUUUGAGUCCAAUUGCUUAUUAGUAUAUGAAAAGAUAUAUAAAUAUAUAUAAAUGUAUAUUCACAAAUGUUUGAAACCUUCAAAGUGCCUACCAUUUGGAAAUGAACUUGCUCAAGGUGAGCAUGUGGCAGGUGUGUACACAGAGGAGGGGUGUAAACGACUUGACUGGCAUUCUGUGAGCAUGGAUGACUGUAAUGGUAAACUUUUUUUUAGUCUUACAAAAGCUGACAGUAUUGUACCUAUAAGUUGAAACAACACUACUGAAUAAACAUUGUGGCCUAAUA